AUGGUGGUCGCGAAGCCCCAACUCGCGUUCCUCUUCGCCGUUUCUGCGUUCGCGGUGGAGCAGCCGCUCCUGCUGUGCAGCCCCGGCGGGCGCGACGGCUUCGGGUCCCAGUACUUCCACCACAUGGCCGUCUUCGGCGCCUGCGCCGCCCACGGCGACUGCUGCUACGUGCACUCGUCGUUCCAGACGCUGGCCCACGGCGCGGACCCGCGCCGCGCCGAGGCGUUCACGGGCCUGCGGUCCGGCGACGCCUGCCGCCACCUGCUGUCGUCGCCGCGGCGCGACGAGACCCUGCCGCCGGACCCCGAGGGCGCGUCCAUCGGCUGCAGCAACGGGCGGCUGCGGCGCGAGGGCGCGACGGCGGGCUGGCGGUUGUCGACCAUCGAGUGGCCGCGGCCGGCGCCCAAGUACAGCCUCUGGACCUUCCUGCACAACGCGACGACGCGCGGGGCGCUCCGCCGGCUCUACGACGCCGCGCCGAAAGUCGGCUUCCCCGCGCCGCCGGACUGCGCCGUGCGCAUCCACGCGCGCCGCGGGGACCACGUCGUCGCCGGCGGCGCCGCGGGCCACAAGGAGACGAACGCGACGCUGCUCUGCGUCGUCGACGCGGCGCUGCGGCGCGCGCCGGGCGCGACGGUCUGCGUCUACAGCGAGGGCCGGCCGGAGGACUUCGGGCCCGCGCUCGCGACGCACCCGCGCGUCCACUGGCGCCUCGGCGGCGACCCGUUGCACACCUUCCACGAGCUCGUCACGGCGCCGACGCUCUUCGUCGCGGCCAA